CUAUCCUGAACCCAAAGCAACCCAAAGAGACACCAAAAAGCUUCAGCUUUGACUAUUCCUACUGGUCCCAUACCACGGUAAGUGACAUCAACUAUGCAUCUCAGAAGCAAGUCUACCGGGACAUCGGCGAGGAGAUGCUGCAGCAUGCCUUUGAAGGCUAUAACGUCUGCAUCUUUGCCUAUGGGCAGACAGGUGCUGGAAAAUCCUACACCAUGAUGGGGAAGCAGGAGAAGGACCAGCAAGGCAUCAUCCCACAGCUGUGCGAGGACCUCUUCUCCCGCAUCAAUGACACGACGAAUGACAAUAUGUCCUACUCUGUGGAGGUGAGCUACAUGGAGAUAUACUGCGAGCGCGUGAGAGACCUCCUGAACCCCAAGAACAAGGGGAACCUGCGGGUGAGGGAGCAUCCCCUUAUGGGCCCAUACGUUGAGGACCUUUCCAAGCUGGCUGUGACCUCCUACAAUGACAUCCAGGACCUCAUGGACUCUGGAAACAAGGCCCGCACAGUGGCUGCCACCAACAUGAACGAGACCAGCAGCCGCUCCCAUGCUGUGUUCAACAUCAUCUUCACGCAGAAGCGGCACGAUGCCGAGACGGACAUCACCACUGAGAAGGUCAGCAAAAUCAGCUUGGUGGACCUGGCAGGGAGCGAGCGAGCCGACUCCACUGGUGCGAAAGGCACGAGACUAAAGGAAGGAGCAAACAUCAACAAGUCCUUGACCACACUGGGGAAAGUCAUCUCCGCCCUGGCUGAAAUGAACAAGAAGAAGAAGAAGACAGAUUUUAUCCCCUACCGGGACUCAGUGCUGACCUGGCUGCUGCGGGAGAACCUGGGGGGCAACUCCCGGACGGCCAUGGUUGCUGCUCUCAGUCCUGCUGACAUCAACUACGAUGAGACUCUCAGCACCCUCAGGUACGCCGACCGUGCCAAGCAGAUCCGCUGCAACGCCGUCAUCAAUGAGGACCCCAACAACAAGCUCAUCCGAGAGCUGAAGGAUGAGGUGGCGCGCCUGCGCGACCUCCUCUAUGCCCAGGGCCUUGGGGACAUCAUUGACAGUAGGUACCACAAGCAGAUCCGCUGCAACGCCGUCAUCAAUGAGGACCCCAACAACAAGCUCAUCCGAGAGCUGAAGGAUGAGGUGGCGCGCCUGCGCGACCUCCUCUAUGCCCAGGGCCUUGGGGACAUCAUUGACA